AUGCUCGACCACCUUACACCCUUUUUCGCGCUGGCAGCAGCUGCACUGGUACUUCUGCCGCUUCCUUACCAUAUCAAAAGCCGGAACGUGGGCACCCUCGCGCUGUCAAUCUGGCUAUUCAUCGGCAAUAUCGACGGCGCAAUCAAUUCUAUGGUCUGGUGGCACUCUACUUCGAACAAAGCCGCUUUUUUCUGCGAACUAAUGUACAUCGCAAUUCCCGCCUGCAAUCUUGUGAUCGCUCGCAAGCUGGAAAGCAUCGCAUCCACGAGGCAGGUCCACGCGACUGCAUCAGACCAACGGAGGUCGGUGAUUUUCGAACUCAUGAUUACCGUCGGUGCACCACUCGUUUACGUGGCGUUCAUGAUCGUGAACCAAACCAAUCGGUUCGGAAUCCUGGAGGAGGCCGGCUGCUGGCCAUUUCUGAAGUUAUCAUGGGCAUGGGUUGUGCUCGUCGCAGCCCCUGUCAUCGUGGUAUCAUCAAUUUCCGUCAUCUACAGCGUGCUAGCGUUCCGAUGGUUCUGGAUUCGAAGGCGCCAAUUUCAAGCCGUUCUGGCAAGCAGCGCCUCAACAAUCAACCAAUCGCGCUACGUCAGGCUACUCGCCCUCACGGCUGUGGACAUCCUUCUAUUCUUCCCAAUAUAUUUGGGCACGACAGCUGCCGAAAUCAGGAGCGCCAUCGUCAAGCCUUACGGCUCCUGGUCACAAGUCCACGAAGACUUCGGCAUUAUUCCGGAGUAUCCAGCCGUGCUAAUCGAGGCACAGGGGCUCGGUCCAAGCAUCAUUAUCUCGAAGAUUGUCUGCCCAGUCUCCGGGGUCAUCUGCUUCGUUCUGUUCGGUCUCGGACAAGAAGCUCGCCAGGGCUACAAGGCCACAGUGUUAAGGGCAUUGAUUGCCUUGAAGCUGCGUAAGCCGCCCAAGCGUCCAACUCCAGAGUAG